AUGAAUUAAAAACUUUGGAUCCAAAUUCCUAAUGAAAUAAAAUAGAGAAAUGACAAGCCCAUCUUAAAAUCUGAAUUUGUUAAAUUGAAAAAAAACAAAACAAGAAUCUUAUAUGGUUAUGAUCAAUACAUUCUACUUGCAAAAGUAUUUCAGUUUUUAUCAAUUAAACCAGAAGCCAGAUUAACCUCCUUGUAAAUAUCUCAAACUAGAUUUUGAAACCAAAUUUGAAAUCAUUAGAACACCUGUUCAAAAAAAAGACGAGGAUGAUGAUACUCUUGGUCAAAUUAUUGGUAUGAACUUGAUGAGGGAUUUUGGUCAAGCAGAACAUCCUAGUUACAAUUUGUAAGGAAACGAAAAAGUAAUAAUUUAAUGGAGAGAAUUUUUCUAAUCAAGAAUCAAUUAAUGGCAAUUUCAUUCCCUUUUUAGAGUGUUCAAAAAGAUUGGAAAGGGUAAUUUUGCAUCUGUACUCUAUUAUAAUUAAAUUUAUAGGUGUAUUUGGCAGAAAGAAUAGAAGAUGGGGUGUAAAUGGCAAUCAAAGCUUUUUCUAAGUAAGCUGCUUAUGCUGAAGAAAAUGGUAAAUAGGCUAUUGUAAAUGAAUUAUCUAUCAUGAGAAAACUAAAUCAUCAUCACCUUAUGAGAAUGUAUGAAAUAUAUGAAACAAACAACUCAUUAUAUGUGGGAUUAGAAUUAUUGUAAGGGGGUUCACUCUAUGAUCUCAUCAAGGAAAAAGUCAUUCUUUCAACAAAAUAAAUACAAUAGAUAUUAGUAGGAAUCCUAUAAGGAUUAUGUCAUAUGCAUUAGAAAGAAAUUAUGCAUAGAGAUUUGAAAUUAGAAAAUAUUUUAUUUAAAUAAUCAAAGUAUUUAAUUUAUCAAAAAAAAUAAUAAUAGAAAAAUGGAUUCAGUCGUAGUGGCAGAUUUCGGUUUAGCUACACACGUAAACGAACCUGUUUAUUUAUAUUGCAGAUGUGGAACGCCAGGCUAUGUUGCCCCAGAAGUCAUUAAUAUGAAAGAUAUGAAAGGUCACUAUAGUUCAGUUUGUGAUAUUUAUAGUCUAGGCCUUGUAUUUUACUUAUUAUUAACUGGUAAACCACCAUUUCCAGGUAAAAGUUAUGCAACAGUUGUUAAACAAAAUAGAGAAGCUAAUGUUGAUUUUUCAAUAAAGCAAUUAUAAAAUGCUCCUAAUACUGCUAUUGAUCUUUUGAGAAAAAUGCUUGAAAAGGACCCAUAAAAAAGAAUAAAGGCAAAUUAAUGUUUGUAACAUUCAUUUCUCUCAGAAAUUAAUUAAAUUAUGCUUGAAGAUAAUUAGAAUGAUUUUAUUGAAGAAGGGGAAGAAAAUGAUUUAUGUUCAAGAAUGAAUGCAUUAAAUGAGGAGUAUUUGUUUUCUCUAUCAAAGAUCCGUAAAAUUCGAUGCCUUCAGAAAGAAUUAACUAAUUAACUCUCCAUAAUCUUCCCCUGGAGUAUUGGCAACAAAGCAACUAAAAUAAUAAAAAAACAUUGAUUCUUCUAAUUCUUUACAAAUGAACUCACCUCUAUUUACUGGAAAAACUGAUAGUGUUGAUUCUAUCCCAAAUAUUGGACUUCAAUAAACUCAAUAAUAAACUUCUUUUCAAGCUUCACCUAUGAUUAAACCUUCUCGCUUUAAAUAGUAAAUAUCAUUAGUUUACAUUAAUUAGAACAAUCCCCCAAUAAAUGUAAUAAUAAGAUAACCCAUUAUUGAAAUAUACAAACAAAAAGGAAUGA